AUGGCAGUGCUUUCAUUUGCGAUUGUAAAUUAUGCUUAACAUCCAAGUCUGCACGAUUACACCUUCCAACCGACGCUACACAUCAUCAUCUCCCUCGGAAUCAUCGUCGCCCUUCACCUCCUGCGCCUCCCACACCCGCUCACUUUCACUUCCCUCUCUCCCGAAUUCUCAGCGGCAAAAUGGCCGAAGAUCAAGAAUCGACGUCGAUUCCUCUGAGUCAAGCGGAGAAUGGUGGUCCGGAUCCCGAAGAUCCAGCCAAGUCUCCCCCUCCCUCCCCCAAUUCCUCUACUCGUAAGGCUUGCUGCUUUGUUCUCCAAAGUUGGGUCUCAAAGAAGUUUAUGACUGGAUGUGUGGUGCUUUUUCCUGUUGCUGUUACAUUCUUUGUUACAUGGUGGUUUAUUCAGUUUGUUGAUGGUUUCUUUAGUCCACUCUAUGCUCAGCUUGGCAUCAACAUCUUCGGACUUGGAUUUGUCACAUCCUUAUUGUUUGUAUUCUUUGUUGGCGUCUUUGUUUCAUCAUGGAUGGGUGCCACUGUUUUCUCAGUCGGAGAAUGGAUCAUAAAGAGAAUGCCUUUUGUUAAGCAUAUUUACUCCGCCUCCAAACAAAUUAGUGCUGCAGUUUCUCCAGACCAAAAUACUACAGCUUUUAAAGAGGUGGCAAUUAUCCGUCACCCACGUGUUGGUGAAUAUGCUUUUGGAUUUAUUACAUCAACAGUCACCCUUCAGAAAGAUAAUGAAGAUGAAGAGUUGUGUAGUGUGUUUGUCCCAACAAAUCAUCUAUACAUAGGCGAUAUAUUUCUUGUUAACUCCACAGAGAUCAUAAGACCGAAUUUGUCUAUCCGAGAAGGCAUAGAGAUCAUUGUGUCUGGGGGUAUGACAAUGCCCCAAAUCAUUUCUCCUCAACAAAGGAUUGCCCAGCAGAACGAGAAGAUCCCUUUGAACAGAAUAAAGUGAUUGCAUCAAACAAAGGCGUUCCUGGUAAUUGUACGACUUCUAUUAUACGUCUUAGUCUUCUCUGUUUGCAGGAAUGUUUGAGAUUAGGUUGUUCAUAGCGGCAGGCCUUAUGAAGAAAUAUUAUGCUCUUGCCAGUUCUAUAGUUAUACUCACAUUUGGAGGUGCAUUUGUAUCAAUGAUGUAUGUUUGAUGUUUACGAAAAACUGGAGACUGAACAACAUGAUUCCUGUUGUAUAUAAUUUCUCAUCGCGAAGCAUCCUUGAUCUUCAAAGAUUUCCUCCAUUUCCAGUUGGCAGCGAUUGCUGCGUUUUGUUCA